AUGGCCAUGGUUUUGAAGUCAAUGGCUACUUCACCUGGAAAUCUAACCAUUGUGAGACAACCUAGUAACCAUUCAGUUGAUUUCAUCAACCGUGUUUCAAAUCUUGGAUUUUGUUUCAAGGGUGAUGAGAAAUGGAAGAGAAAACAUAGGGUUAAGGUUAGAGCAAUAGCUGAAGUUGAUGUAGAGGGUUUGAAAAGGAGUGUUGCAUUGGAGGGAGGUUUGGGGUUGGAUAUGGUUUCAGAAGGAGAGUUAAUGGUGAAGGGUUUUAGAGGGUUGAGGAAGACAAAGCUUGUGUGUACGGUUGGUCCUGCUUGUAGUUCAUUGGAGGAUUUAGAGAAGAUGGCAUUGGGUGGAAUGAAUGUUGCUAGGCUUAACAUGUGUCAUGGGACUAGAGAAUGGCACCGGGAUGUGAUUAGGAAGAUUAAGAAGCUGAAUGAGGAAAAGGGUUUUGCGGUUUCUGUGAUGAUUGAUACGGAGGGUAGUCAGAUUCAUGUUGUUGAUCAUGGAGCACCUUCCUCAGUUAAAGUUGAGGAAGAUUCAGUUUGGUUGUUUACCGCUGAACGGUUUGAAGGUACUCGUCCAUUAACGGUUCAAGCAAGCUAUCCAGGUUUUUCCGAAGGUAUUGAAGUAGGCGAUGAACUUGUUAUUGACGGCGGAAUGUCAAGCUUUGUAGUCAUUGAAAAAACUGGAAAUGAUUUGCAUUGUAAGUGCAUAGACGCCGGUCUUUUCUUACCUGGAGCCAAAUUUAGUUCCUGGAGAGAUGGAAAGCUUGUAAGAAGGAAUUACAAGCUCCCUACUCUAUCAACAAAGGAUUGGGCUGACAUUAACUUUGGUAUAGCUGAGGGAGUCGAUUUUUUUGCCUUAUCCUUUGUCAAUCAUGCUGAUUCUGUUAAGGAUCUAAAGAACUACCUCUCCGACAAAUCAACCAAGCCCAUAAAAGUAUUGGCAAAGAUAGAAAGCUUAGAAUCUCUUCAUAAUCUCCUGGAAAUAGUGAAAACUUCUGAUGGAAUCAUGGUAGCUCGUGGUGACCUCGGAGUCGAAAUACCACUGGAACAAAUUCCUACAGUCCAGGAGGAUAUAAUUCGCAUUUGCAGACAACAAAAUAAGCCAGUGAUUGUAGCUUCUCAGCUUCUCGAGUCAAUGGUUGAGUAUCCAACACCAACUCGCGCCGAGGUAGCGGAUGUUUCUGAAGCGGUCCGACAGUAUGCGGAUGCUUUGAUGUUAUCCGGCGAGUCGGCUAUCGGUUCAUUCGGACAGAAAGCUUUGGCAGUGUUGGAUAUGACUAGCAGUAGAAUGGAAUCAUGGAGUAGAGAGGAAAACAGACAAAGUCUUCUCAAUCACCAAAAACUCGGAGCAUCAUUGCCGGAUCGCAUCACUGAGCAAAUAUGCAAUUGCGCGGUUGAAAUGGCCAACAAUCUCGGCGUGGAUGCCAUCUUUGUUUACACGAAGCACGGACACAUGGCAUCAUUACUCUCGCGCAACCGUCCAGAUCCUCCCAUCUUUGCUUUCACCGACGAUGAAAAUACACGAAUGGCGCUGAAUUUGCAAUGGGGAGUUGUACCACUUGUUGUAGAUUUAUCAGACGAAGCCGAAACCAACAUCUCAAAAUCCGUGGAUCUUAUGAAAUCGAAAGGAUUGAUCAACAAAGGAGAUGUUGUUCUAGUGGUGUCAGAUGUUGCACCAACAAGAACAACUCCUAUGGCUCUCCAAUCAAUUCAGGUGAAGAGCAUUAUCUAG